CAGUACGUGCUCAUCUUCCUCUACACGAUGACCUCCGCGCUGGCAGUCCUCGGCAACAUCCUCGUCAUCGUCGUCUUCUCGUUCGGCAGGAGAUGCCGGACCGACUUGCGACCCUUCCUCGUCAACCUGGCCUGCUCCGACCUGGUCAUGGCCAUCUUCUGCAUGCCCUUCACCUUCACCUACACCAUGCUGCACGAGUGGAUAUUUGGAACCUACAUGUGCACGCUCGUCCUCUUCUGCCAAAUGUUCGCAGUGCUGGCGAGUGUCGGCACGAGCACCGCGAUCGCCGUCGACCGCUUCCUUGUCGUCAUCUACCCACUGCAGGCCAGGAAUCCGAAACUGCGAGCGAAGAUUGCCAUCGUUGCCGUCUGGAGCGUCGCCUUCACGUUCUCAUCGCCGCAGUUGGUUGUCGGCAGAUCCGUGCAGGGCGUCAGCAGCAACUCGACACGAACGGGCUGCUCGGAGAUGUGGCCAAACGAAAGCAUGCGCUGGGUCUUCAGCUUCUUCGUCCUCAUCAGCACCUACCUCUUGCCACUUUCCGCCAUCGCCGUCACGUACGGAGUUGUCGCCAGGUGUCUCUGGAGGAGGAAGACGCCGGGCAAUGCUGACAACGUGAGGGACCGCAUGCAGCUGAACGCCAAGAAAAAGGUGGUGAAGAUGUUGUUGGUGGUGGUGACAUUGUUUGGUGUCUGCUGGCUGCCCCUUCACCUCUUCAACCUCAUCAUCGACUUCAUGCCAGAACUCAACAACGAGAACAAACCUGAAGCCAGCAUGAUCGGGACUGCCAUCUACACCUCGGUAUGUAAGUCGCUGGUACACUGGCUGGCCAUGUCCAACAGUUUCGUUAAUCCAAUCAUUUAUGGCUUCCUUAAUGACAAUUUUAGGGUAGGUUUGUGUGUGUGUGUGUGUGUGUUUAUGUGUGUGUGUGUAUGUUUAUGUGUGUGUGUAUGUGUGUGUGUCUAUGUGUCUGUGUGCGUCUGUUUGAUAAUGUUUGUAUAA